AUGAGUUCAGUCAGAACUUAUACUGCCUACGCAUUUGAGACUUUAUACUCGAGGUUGCACAACACGGACCCAAUUCCGUUCUCCAAGUUGAAGCUUGCUCUGGAAAACGACUCAACUGUGGUGACCGAAAAGUGCCCCUUAUUUGUUACGUGGAACAUAAAGCAGGGAAAAGAUAAGGUUCUGCGUGGAUGCAUUGGAAACUUUAGCGAUCUAACGCUGCCAGCUGGCGUGCGCGAGUACGCCCUAAUUGCUGCUUUAGAGGAUCCAAGAUUUGAGCCCAUAACUCUUCGUGAAUUGCCAAAGCUCUCGUGCUCUGUGACGCUGCUCAAAAACUUCGAGACUGGAAAAGAUGCUCUUGACUGGGAAUUGGGCAAACACGGAAUCAGGAUCUUGAUCAAUGGCAAAAAGUCUGCUACAUUUUUGCCCGAGGUUGCUCCAGAGCAAGGAUGGACGAAAGAGGAGACGUUGCAGCACCUUGUUCAGAAAGCCGGCUACUAUCAGACCAGCUGGAAAGAGGCCGAUAUAGAGCUUACUCGGUACGAAGGGAUCAAGGAGUCUCUGGAUUAUGACACGUUUAUGAGUUUACGGGAGAAAUUGCAAUGA